AUGUUGCGUGCUUCUGCGGCAUCCUCGCGCAUGCCGCGUGUGCUGAAUUCGCGUGCUCUGUCGACUUCGGCAGCCGCUCUGGCCCACAAGGAGGUCAAGUUUUCGAACGAUGGUCGUGCGGCCAUCCUCAAGGGUGUGAACCUCCUCGCUAACGCUGUGAGUGUGACGCUUGGCCCCAAGGGUCGCAAUGUGAUCAUCGAGCAACCAUUCGGUGGUCCGAAGAUCACGAAGGACGGUGUCACGGUGGCCCGUGCUAUUGAACUCAAGGACAAGUACGAGAACUUGGGUGCUCGCCUCGUGCAGGACGUGGCCAGCAAGACCAAUGAGGUGGCCGGUGACGGUACGACGACUGCUACGGUGCUGGCUCGCGCUAUCUACGCUGAGGGUGUCAAGAACGUGGCUGCUGGCUGCAACCCCAUGGACCUGCGCCGCGGUAGCCAAGCCGCUGUGGACGCUGUGAUCAAGUAUCUGGAGGCUAACAAGCGCGAGGUGACGACAUCGGAGGAGAUCGCGCAGGUCGCGACUAUCUCGGCCAACGGUGACAAGCACGUUGGCUCGCUUAUUGCAACUGCCAUGGAAAAGGUGGGCAAGGAAGGUGUGAUCACGGUCAAGGAAGGCAAGACGCUUGAAGAUGAGAUUGAGAUUACCGAGGGUAUGCGCUUCGACCGUGGCUACAUUUCCCCCUACUUUAUCACAGACAUCAAGACGCAGAAGACCGAGUUUGAGAAGCCGCUUGUGCUUUUGAGUGAAAAGAAGAUCUCGGCUUUGCAGGACAUUCUUCCAUCUCUCGAGGCGGCCGUGACUAUGCGCCGUCCUCUCUUGAUCAUUGCUGAGGACAUUGAUGGCGAGGCUCUGGCCGCCUGCAUUCUGAACAAGCUGCGUGGUCAACUGCAGGUGUGUGCCGUCAAGGCCCCUGGCUUUGGUGACAACCGCAAGAGCAUUCUCGGCGACUUGGCCAUUCUCACGGGUGGUCAGGUGUUCUCUGACGACCUGGACAUGAAGCUUGAACGCGCUUCGCCCGACAUGCUUGGUACGACGGGCAGUGUCACCAUCACAAAGGAAGACACUAUUUUCCUGAACGGCGAGGGCAGCAAGGAUGCCAUCACGGCCCGCUGCGAGCAGAUUCGCUCGGCCAUGAAUGACCCCUCGACAUCCGAGUACGACCGCACGAAGCUGCAAGAGCGUCUUGCCAAGCUGAGCGGCGGUGUGGCUGUCAUCCGUGUGGGUGGCUCGUCGGAAGUUGAGGUUGGCGAGAAGAAGGACCGCUACGACGAUGCUCUGUGUGCGACGCGUGCUGCCGUGGAGGAGGGCAUUGUGCCUGGUGGUGGUGUCGCCCUGCUCAAGGCUGCCAAGUCGCUUGACUCGAUCACGACGGCCAACUUUGAUCAACAGCUGGGUGUGUCGAUUGUGCGCAGCGCUCUGACGCGUCCCGCCCGCCAGAUUGUGGAGAACGCUGGUGAGGAAGGCUCGGUUGUGGUCGGCAAGCUUAUGGAGAACCCAGGCGACUUUGGCUUUGGCUACGAUGCCAGCACGGGUGAAUACAAAGAUCUGAUUGCAGCGGGUGUACUUGACCCAUUCAAGGUCGUGCGUACGGCUCUGCAAGACGCUUCGGGUGUUGCCUCGCUUCUCACGACGUCCGAGUGCUGCAUUGUGGAAGCCCCUGAAGAGAAGCCAGCCCCCAUGCCCGGUAUGGGCGGCGGCAUGGGCGGCAUGGGCGGCAUGGGCUUCUAA